CCUCGAGACCCAACACUCCAAGGAAACACUGGAAAGAAAUUAUUUACACCUUCUCUUCUCCUUCUUCGACACAACACCACCAAAAUAUAAUACUACACCUUCUCUACCAAACCAACACGGCGAAAACAACUUCCUUUACCUUCAAAUUAUCGGUUUUUUUUUGUUGUUGUUGGAUAAAGUAAUUCUCAAUUGUUGUGGUUCAGAAUGAGCUUCCAAGAUCUUGAGGCUGGGAGGCUCCGACAACCACAACAGCAGCGACUACAGCAAGACCCUUCUCAGGCCGUGGCUUCUGGGAUUUUCCGAAUCAACACGGCCGUCUCUUCCUUCUCUCGCCUUGUCAAUUCACUAGGCACUCCCAAGGACACGCUCGAACUCCGUGACAAGCUGCACAAGACAAGGUUACAUAUUGGGCAGUUGGUGAAAGAUACUUCAGCUAAACUUAAGCAGGCUAGCGAAACUGAUCAUCAUUUGGAAGUUAGUGCUGCCAAGAAGAUCGCUGAUGCUAAGUUAGCAAAAGAAUUCCAGUCAGUUCUUAAGGAAUUUCAGAAGGCUCAGAGGCUUGCAGCUGAGAGGGAAACAACAUAUGCUCCUUUUGUUCCCAAAGAAGCUCUUCCAUCCAGUUAUGAUGCCCAUGAAUUGGAGAUAAGUUCACCUAGGACUCCUGAACAGCAAGCUCUUCUUCUGGAAUCCAAAAGACAAGAGAUCACACUGUUGGAUGAGAUUGUAUUCAAUGAAGCCAUUAUUGAAGAAAGAGAGCAGGGGAUCCAAGAAAUUCAUCAACAAAUAAUUGAGGUACAUGAGAUUUUUAAGGAUCUUGCUGUGCUGGUUCAUGGUCAAGGUGCAAUGAUUGAUGACAUUAGUUCUAACAUUGAAAUCUCCCAUGCUGCAACUACGCAAGCUACUUCACAACUUGUUAAAGCAUCCAAGGCCCAAAAAUCUGGUUCAUCUCUGAUGUGUUUGCUGUUGUUGAUCUUUGGAAUCGUUCUGCUCAUUGUAAUCAUAGUCAUUGUAGCUUGAGCAAUAAAUCAAUUGUCUCAAUUCGAGUUCAAUUUUACUGGCAUGGCCUCCUAGUGGUGUUCCCUAGCAAGUGGUCCUGCCCAACUUGUGCUGCUCUUAUCAACCCUAAUUAUACAGCAUAUGACAGAUAGUUGACACCUUCUCAAUACUGCAAAGAAGACCAAUAAUGUACAGUCCAAUUAUUUGGAGCUGAUAUCCUCUUUACAAGGCUCUGUUUUAUUGUGAAUCAUGUAAAGUAAAUGAUUAACCCUGUUAUUACUAAUAAAAGUUGGAAUUCUUCCUUCUC